UUAUCUUCUGUCUCUUUACAGUCUCUCUCUGUUUCUUUCUAUUCAAAUCUGGCUGGCCGUCCCUUGACGCGUUCACGCGUAUUACUUGUUGCCUCUUUGUGGGUUACCACUAUAUAUAUCCCUUCCUUCCCCUUCCUUCCAUUAGCAGGUGCAGUUCCCCAUUAUUUUCUCUGCAUCUGUAUUUCUCCAUUUGUAUUUCUUUUUUUAUUAUUAUUUCAUCUUCUCUAAUCAAAAUAAAAACCACCCCAUUUUCUUUUCAAAUCAAGACAACCAAUACCUGUUUCAAGAAACUCCAAGUAUCACCCAAGAAACACGUAAUAGAACCCCCAAGGAGAUCGAAAGAAAAUGCCAGCACUAGAGGAUGAGCUAUUCCCUUCAACACCUGGUAAGUUCAAGAUCGAUCGAGCCCACACCAUGAAUCGCCACUUCCACCGUUGCUUCGGUUCCACGAGCACCAUGUUCUUGUGGGCACUUUUCUUGGUUGCUUUAACGGCGUCGUAUUUGAGUUUCCAAUCUUUUGUCUAUACCGGUAGCCGGUAUCUCACCGCUUCUUGGGGUGGUAUUCAGUGGGAGAAACAAAUCCGCCAUUCUGCCCAGAUACACCGUUCUAACGGCAUGUCUGUUCUUGUUACCGGAGCAGCCGGUUUCGUUGGAAGCCACGUUUCUUUAGCUCUCAAGAAACGCGGAGACGGCGUCGUCGGGAUAGACAAUUUUAACAACUACUACGACCCGUCGUUGAAGAGAGCCCGAAAAUCUCUCCUUAACAACCAAGGGAUUUUUAUCGUCGAAGGAGAUAUAAACGACGCGCGGUUAAUAGCUAAGCUUUUUGAUACUGUGGCUUUCACUCACGUUAUGCAUUUGGCGGCUCAAGCUGGAGUCAGAUACGCCAUGGAGAAUCCACACUCUUACGUGCAUUCUAAUAUAGCCGGCCUGGUCACUCUUCUUGAAGCUUGUAAAUCGGCUUACCCUCAGCCGUCUGUCGUUUGGGCUUCAUCAAGUUCUGUGUACGGUUUAAAUGAAAAUGUUCCUUUCUCUGAGUCUGAUCGGACGGACCAGCCCGCUAGUCUUUAUGCGGCUACAAAAAAGGCCGGUGAGGAAAUUACUCAUACCUACAAUCAUAUUUACGGUCUGUCAAUUACUGGUUUAAGGUUUUUUACUGUGUACGGUCCAUGGGGAAGACCCGAUAUGGCUUACUUUUCUUUCACGAGAAACAUUUUACAAGGGAAACCGAUCACAGUUUAUCGUGGCAAGGAUCGGGCUGACUUGGCUCGGGAUUUUACUUUUAUUGAUGAUAUUGUGAAAGGUUGUGUUGGGUCAUUGGAUACUUCGGGUAAAAGCACCGGAUCUGGUGGGAAGAAGCGGGGACCCGCUCCUUAUCGGAUCUUUAAUUUGGGUAACACGUCUCCUGUUACGGUACCGACACUCGUGAGCUUACUGGAGAGGCAUUUGAAGGUUAAAGCGAAAAGAAAUUUUGUGGAUAUGCCUGGAAACGGUGACGUACCGUUCACUCAUGCGAAUAUUAGUUUGGCCCACAGAGAGCUUGGGUAUAAACCGACUACUGAUUUGGCAACCGGGUUGAAGAAGUUUGUUAAGUGGUAUCUCUCUUACUACGGAUAUAAUCAUGGGAAAGCUGUAAAUUAGAUUUUUUUUUACUUUUUUUUUGGCUGCUUCGCUGUUUUUCCAUUAAAAAAAAAGACAAAUGGGAAACAGAAAAUCUGACAAGGUCGAAAAAGUAAAAAAAGGAAAAGACACGUUAUUCUUUCCUUGGAGGGGCAAACCUCAAUUUUGUUGUUUGUUUUAUUUUUUUUAAUGUAAAGGAAGAUUAUUCACUUGACAGUUGACA